CUCACUCUCUCGGUCUCUCCUAGCUUCCCGCACGAAACCACCGUAAAACCCCCACCACAAAUGCUCCUCCGGGCGGCGGCCGCCGCCGCCCACCGCCUCCGCUUCAUUUCCCCGGCCCGCCGCAUAUCUUCCUUGAAGGUCCCGUGGCGCCGGGACGCGGUCCUGGACGCGUCCAUCGACCGCGACCGACGCUUCCACCAAGCGUCCCGCCUCGUCCGCGAGGUGCUCCUCUCCCCCGGCCGCCGCCUCCUCCUCCGCUACCUUUCCAAGCGCCGCCAGCGCAUCCGCCUCCCGGUCCACGUCGCAACCUUCCUCCGCCGGUACCCCACGCUCCUCUCCGUUUCCCCUCCCCCCGACCCCGUCGCCUCCCCGUCCCCGCAGCUCGCCUCCUUCCUCGAAUUCGCAUCCCGCCUCCAGGCCGCCCACUCCCCGCUCCUCGCCGCCAGGCUCGCCAAGCUCCUCAUGAUGUCCUCCACGCGCGCGCUGCCGGUCGCAAAGAUUGCUGCUGCCAAGCGCGUCUUCGGCCUCCCGGACGACUUCUUGGUCUCGCUGGUCCCGAGGCACCCCGAUCUCUUCCGCCUCGUCGGCGACCCAGGGCCGGACGCGUCCGGCGACGCGUUCCUGGAGCUCGCCUCCUGGGACGACCGACUCGCGAAGUCCGCGAUUGAAUUGAGGGCGGACAGGGAGGCCGAUGUUGUUGGCAUACGGCCGAGGCCCAACUUUACAGUCAAAUUGCCAAAGGGGUUCUACCUCAAGAAGGAGAUGAGGGAGUGGGUGAGGGAUUGGCUUGAGCUGCCGUAUGUGUCACCAUAUGCCAACACUUUCGGGCUUCACCCGGCAUCACCAGAGGCAGAGAAGAGGUUGAUUGGUGUUUUACAUGAGGUAUUGUCCUUGUCAGUUGAAAGGAGGAUGGCGGUGCCAAUCAUAGGGAAGUUCUGUGAUGAGUUUAGGCUAUCGAAUGCGUUCUCUAACGCGUUCACGAGACACCCGGGGAUAUUCUAUGUUUCAUUGAAGGGUGGCAUUAAGACGGUGAUAUUGAGGGAGGCGUAUGACGAAAAUGGAGAGCUUGUGGAUAGGGAUCCUAUGAUUGAGCUGAAGGAGAGGUUCGUGGCAAUCAUGGAUGAGGGCCAUAAGAAGUAUUUGGAGGAGUUGAGGAGGAGGAAUGAGAUGCUGCAGAAAGAGAGGGCAAAUGCAAUUCACAGGGGUGCCAAAGUUGACACAAAUAUUGAGGAAAGAGAUAUGGAGGGGUCAGAGGAAGAUGAAGUAUAUGAUUAUGCACAAGUAGAAUCAGAAGGAAGAGAGCCAUUGUGAGUGGUGGUUGUGAUGUUCAUUAUGCUUCUAUGAUAAUGGGACCUAAAGAACAGUGGCAAGGAGAUUGGAUGUUUUGACAGAUUCGAAUGUGAUCAUUAGGCAGCCAGUAAGAAGAUGGCUUAGUUAGCAGUUUUCAGGAGAUCCAUUUUUGUGACAGAUUAAGUCACCUUUGGACUGGGAGGACACUGAUGGCUUCUGUUUUGGAACCAUAGGAACAUUCUGAUCCAAGUAUAUUCUUUGUUCCAAAACUAUCACUUCAUCGACUUUUUACUAAUGUGUGAUGUUUACACUGCAUCGAUGGAAUCCUUAUCAGCUAUUAGAGUGGUAUAAACAUCCCAUUCUCACAAUGAUCUCUGUCUACUACGUGUUGUAAAUGUACUCUGUACUGAAGGAACAUUUAUGUAUGCCAUUAAAAGGUAAGUUUGCUUGUUGCCAAUUGCCAUUGUCACUUAUGAUCUAUCUGUUGCAUUAAAAUCCAAGCUAUAUCAUAUUAUUACUCUUAAUAUUUUAAAUCUACUCUUAUCUGGAUUUUUCUGAUUCUGUAUACACUGUUAUAUUACAAAUUCUUGUGGAGGAAAAGUGUGAGCUUCGCUAUUUCCAGGCAUUAUAGACUCUUUAAUGUCUUAGAGGAAGACGAGGCGAACAAGGCUGGUAAAGUAUGAUAAUGAUCUAAUCGACAACCAAAUAGGGUUCCACAAUUUACAGGAUUUAACCCAUUAUUCAUCAGCUGAGCUUCCUAUUACGAUUUGCAAUUGGUUAUCCUCAGUACUCACUAAAUUAUGUUGUAGCAAUACUUUUCUGUGACACAUAAGAGCAUGUCCAACCAUAAACAUCAAAUUUGGCCCCAUUUGUUUGCGGACAACAGCCGCCCAAGCUCCAUUUGUCCGCAGGGCAACGACACCCCACAUUCCUCCUCCCCAAAUCCAUGCAAGCAGAUCAUUCAACAAUAAAUAUAGCACACAACAAUUCAACAAGCCAACAUGAUCCACGACAAAUAAAAUUUAACAAUCCACACAUAUAUAGCCUAUAAAACGAAUAAAAUCAAGUGUUUUUGUUGUGGGUGCAGGCUAAGUGCCUUUGUGCAUGUGGGUGAACCACAUAGUGGUGGUCAACAUGAUACUCAACUCUUUGAUGAUCCUUGUGAUCCUCACCUUCUCUCUCAAUCUCAAUGCAGGGACUCGUAGGCCGUGUCUGUGGAGGCGUUUGUGUCCUUGGGAACUCUUCUGGAAUGCCCCCAUUGCGAAGCCGUGCGGACAUUGUACACGGCCGCGGUCGAGGAUGGCGCGGGUGCGGACGCGACCAUGUCCACGUCUAAAACACAGACGAAUGCGUGUUGCCAAAAGUAGCUGUAGUCGGCGCAGUGGGUUGCCCCUUACCAUCUAGUUUUUGAUGAAAGUCACAAGGUUGGAAUGUUAUAGCAGCCACAUUAGGUGCAAAAUCACUUUUCGUAAUUUCGCAAAAGGUGCUCAAGACUGUAUACUCGAGGUGGGGGUGGAACGGGAAUUGUCAGAUCAUAACGUCAUAUGAUCCUAAUAUAAUCAUAGUUUUUUUUUUGAAACGUGGCAAAAGAUUUGCCACAUGUAUUGACUGCGAAGGGAAUAGAGUGUUUUUGUUACAAGCCCGGACAUCUUCUGGUAUGAUGCUCCCU